GUUUGAGCACACAGCAUGGGUAGGUUGUGAUCAUCAUAUUGUGUGGGGAAAACAAAUGGAUUGAAAUCUACAGACUACAGAGUAGUUCCUAGAAAGCAGAGCAUGGAGGUCCUGCGUAUAUAUAGAGUGGAGAGUGGGAAACACUGCACAUAUUCUCUUCUUGAAGUGGGAAUCUACAGCUGGUGAUGCUGCAGCACAUUUCAUCUUAGCCUAAUUCAUUCUAGCGUAAAGGCCUAUUAAGGUUGUGGGGUGUUAUAGUGGGCCGGCUGUAGUUUAGCCCAAGAGAAGUUCCGCAAUACGACGUCGUGUGAGAGAACGGGCCCAAGGGGCAGAUCACUAGGGUUUUGCAAUCUCUCCGACCUGAAACGACGAUUGCACGUCAGGCGUCAAAGAAAGAUAAGGUUCCUGCACCAUCAUCCAAGCCGGGGAAAUCCGGAGGCGACAAGAUAAUGCGACCUCUGACAAGAUGCUGUCGGAGGUACCUAUAUACAAGCUCAUCAAUGCUUCCGUUGUUUCCGAUCGUCUCCGGUGCGUGAACUGCGUACACGAUGUAUUCGUCCUGCGCAACAUUGAAGCCCUUGACGCAUUUAUCAAAUACCAGCAAAGAAGGUUUCCGACACGGCGAGAGUGGCUUUUGGGGAGAGGAUAUUCGAGGAAGUCUGAACAACAACACUGCUUGGGCUAGUCGAAUCGGAAGGAGUUUGAGCGUCGAGAAAAAUUGUCGGAACAUCAAACCUGGGGUCGCUUACUCUGUCAUAACCAAACACAGAAAGAAAUCAGUGAAACCACAACCACCGGUAGUAGAGAGGCAAAGAGCUGAUCCCAAAAAUGUGGCUGCAAUCAUCCUCGGAGGCGGCGCCGGCGCGCAGCUUUUCCCUCUUACAAGCAAAACUGCCACUCCAGCUGUUCCCAUCGGAGGUUGCUAUAAACUUGUCGACAUUCCUUUGAGUAACUGCAUCAACAGCGGCAUCAGCAAGAUUUUUGUUCUCACGCAAUUUAAUUCCGCCUCUCUGAACCGUCACAUCUCUCGGACAUACACCGGAAACGGCGUCAGCUUCGGGGAUCGCUCCGUUGAGGUUCUCGCCGCCACGCAGACUGCCGGAGAAUCUGGAAAGCAAUGGUUUCAGGGGACAGCGGAUGCAGUCAGACAGUUUUUGUGGCUGUUUGAGGACGUAAGGAUGAAGCAUAUCGACAACAUACUGAUUCUGUCCGGAGAUCAUCUUUAUAGGAUGGAUUACAUGGACUUCAUUCAGAAUCACAUUGAUCGUAAUGCUGAGCUGACUCUCUCGUGCGCGCCAACGAUCGACAGCCGUGCAUCGGAGUUUGGACUGGUGAAGAUCGACAGCCGUGGUCGGAUCACCCAAUUUUGUGAAAAACCUCAAGGCGAUGAUAAGACAGCCAUGCAAGUCGACACCUCGAUCAUAGGCUUGUCUCGAGAGGAAGCUCAGGAAUCUCCGUACAUUGCUUCUAUGGGAGUUUAUGCAUUUAAGACAGACGUGCUAUUGAAGCUUCUGAAAUGGAGUCACCCGUUGUCUAAUGACUUCGGGUCUGAAAUCAUACCUGCGGCAAUAAAGGAACACAAUGUUCAGGCAUACUUAUUCAGGGACUACUGGGAAGAUAUCGGGUCGAUAAAAUCAUUCUACAAUGCAAAUUUAGCCCUUUUGAACGAGUUUCCCAAGUUCGAAUUCUACGAUCCGAGGACACCUUUCUACACAUCUCCUCGAUUCUUACCGCCUACAAAAAUCGACAGCUGCAAGAUUAAGGAGGCAAUAAUCUCACACGGGUGUUUCCUGCGAGAAUGCACGGUCGAACACUCCAUAGUCGGCGAACGCGCUCGUCUGGACAGUGGCGUCCAGCUCAAGGAUACUUUGAUGCUCGGCGCCGAUUAUUACCAAACCGACUCGGAGAUAGCUGCCCUCAUGUCCGAGGGAAAAGUCCCUCUUGGAAUCGGAAGAGACACUACAAUCGAGAACUGUAUCAUCGACAAGAAUGUGCGGAUCGGAAAGAACGUGAUCAUCUCUAACAAAGACAACGUCGAGGAAGCCGACAGACCAGAGGAAGGCUUCUACAUACGUGCCGGGAUCGUCAUCGUGGUCGAGAAGGCGACCAUAAAAGACGGAACAGUCAUAUAGACUCCAUUAAUGUUGACAACAUAAGGGAGAAAUUCCUGAAGAUUGGCAGAGUUUAAGGUUGUCCGGGUGAAAUGAUCAGCAGCUGAGCUGAGGAACAGAAGAUAGACAUGAAUGAAUGGAUGAAUGCUUUGCUAGCUCUAUAUAAUUUAUAGCUUGCCUCUGUGUAUAUAUAAUUUAUAUAUAUACAUAUAAAUUUUGGCAAGCCUUGGAACUUAAUAAUGAUCACCCUACACUACACUGCUGCAGUUUUUACAUGUGAUUUUGUAUCCAGACAACAUAUAUACUUUAAUUAAUCAAGCUUGCCGUGCAAUAAUUUUCAAUAAUUGUUGUUUGUA